UGACUCUACGACUCCCAUAUCUGGCUUUUCUCAUCGUCCUGUCGCUCGUGCUUGGAGUCGUAGUAUCCGUCCUUACAGCCUUGUCUGCCCAACAGCACGGUUUGGGAAAUGACAGAGAUUCUCCAACCCUCUUCUUUGGUUGGCGCUUUUCUCCAACUUUGGUGGCUACCAUAUAUGCACUCUUGGUUGGAUCCAUGCUCAACGAUGUCCGAAGAACGGAAGUCUUCGCACGAUUGUCUAGACCUGGAGGUGCCACUGCUGCUCAUACACUCUGUUUUCCCGCAAGAUCGUGGUUGCAUGACCCUUUCGAUGCCUUGAACAAGAUUAAAAACAAUGGGGUUCGCAGCCUAGCCUUGUUCUCGGCUUCCUUGGUCAACAUACUGGUCCUUCUGGUAGUCUCUCCCCUAUCUGCUGGUCUCUUGUCCCCGAUCGAUGUCACUAUGUCCAAAGAUACAGCUUUUCGUGGGUCUAGUUUGGCCCCUGAUGCUGCUUGGCAGUCCGACACUUUUGAUUCUGUCGUGUUCCGCACUAUUGCAGGCUCAGUGCUCAACAAGUCUACGUCAGCAUGGGUCAAUCCUAAAUCUGCGAUGUUACCCUUUUGGCCAUCUGAUGCAAUUGCUCCGUCCGGAUCAAGUUUCGCUGCCGACUUUACUGCUCAGCAAUGGAAGUCAGUCACUACCGUUUACAAGUCAGAACUCGAUUGUGUACCCCUGCAUCUGCACAAUAUUUCGUCGUAUACCAUCAAGAUCGUAGGGGCGGGAAGCACUAUCAUGACGACUACAGAGCUCGGCACAUCGGACGGAUGUAAUAUCACCAUAACGGAAGACGAAGAGUCCCUUGAGGGUUAUCAUGGCGGUUGGUUGCCAGAAAGUCCUCCAGAUCCAACAUCCUUCCUUGGACAGUUUGGUACUUGGAUACACUCCGGAAACUGUAACAAUCGCUCAACGAUACUCGUCAAGUACCAUGAUGAAGAUACUUUCUCUUUUAACGGCAGUAUAUGCGCAGGCAGAUACUACUCAGCAGCAGUAAAUGCUACGGUAGAGAUCAACGAAGCAUCGACCAUGGUCAGUUUUGAUGACAAUGAAUACAAGAGCAAUCGCAAGCUACUGGACCCUAAGCAACAUGAUUUCCCACAUCUAGAAGAUACCUUCCUGAACUCAAACUGGUCGAACAAAUUCUUCAGUACAGUGAUCUUGGAGACUCCUGCAUAUACUGGCCCUCUUCUGGCCAUAGCAGCUAGCCCUGACUAUGACAACAAUGUGGAAGUCAUUCUGAACAGCGCAGUGCUCUUGGAAAGAGCGUCGAGGCUGCAUCAACAGUAUUUCGGAGAAAUGUUGCUUCUUGCGCUUGCUUCAACAGCCACUGAUCUUGAUUUUGGUGAAGUUUUGGUUCAAGAGAGACGAAUAUUUGUGGUGUCAAGCAUUGCAAUUACGCUAGCAGCACUAUUGUUGUUGUCCUCAGUCUGUGUUAUGGUUGUUUUGUGCACUACCAGACUCAGACGACGCCCGCUGCAUCUAUCUCACGACCCAGGAAGUAUUACCGCCGUUGCGUCCUUGAUUGCUGGCGAUAAGGUAGCCAGACAAGAGUUCGACGGCACCGACAAGUUGUCAAACGAAGACAUGAUUGCAUUACUGGCGAAGCGCAGAUUCGCAAUCGAACAUGGAGGACUGAUAGCCACUGGCGACACAAAAUUUCACCCUAAACAUGAACAACUUCCGUCAGAUAAUUCUGAUCCUCGGCCAGUCAUGAUUCGUAUCUGGAUGGGCACUUUACUGCUGGCUAUUCUCGCUGCUCUAAUCGCCGUACUCGCGGUCUUGUACAACCUGUCACGCACAGGAAGACUCAGUCAAGCUCUCCUUGUGGAUCAGCUGAACAUCGAUGUACUGGAGCUAUCGACAACACUCACUCCGUUUUCUAUCAUACCGACACUUAUUGCUGUAGCCGUGAAGUUGUGGUUCAGAGCCUCAGCUGAAACGUUCAAAAGGCUGCAGCCUUUUGUUUCUAUUGCCGACUCACCAUCGUCCACAUCUGACUCAGUCUCGGCGGAAUACGCUAAUACUCCAAUUGCAUUGGCCUCCAUCAAAGCUCUCAAACAUUCGCACUGGAUCCUUGCUCUGAUAGGAGCUGGAGCAUUCGUUACUGAAGCAUUCACGGUAGGCAUGUCAGCUUUGUGGGAUCGUGAGUUGCAAGAUACCUCCCAUACAUUCAACUUGUCUCGCCAGCUGGAGAUACGAAACUCACCGCAGCUUUUCCAUCAUCCUCGGGUACACACCGCUCUGUCAGCGAAUGAGGCAGUACUCAAGUCAGUCUUUGACGCCUCGCUUCAAAACUGGCUUUAUGGUGCUACCAUCGAGCUCACGCAGUCCGCUUCAACGCCACCUUGGAGCAAAGAUACCUGGAGUUUUGUACCUCUAGACAGCCAAGUCACGCAAGAAGCAGCAUCUGGGCUCAAUAGUACUGGUCGUAACAUUACCUUCGAGACACCUGCAAUCCGUGCUCGUCUUGAAUGUUCAAUUGUUGAUUACGCAUCCAACGAGUCGGCGUGGCUUGUCGAGACAGACUUCGGGAACAAAACGGCGUGGAACCGCACAAAUGCCCCUGCUGGUCUUGACCAUGGCUACUAUCUGAAUGAUCUCGCUGCCAGAGGUCCAGGAUUGAGGACGGUAGCAUGUUGCGCCAAUGAGACACAGCAAGGAUUUGGAGACGCUGUGGUUGGAUACUGGACGGAUACUUCGUCAAGCACAAUCCCGCUCUCGAUGCAAGCCAAAUGGAUUGUUGGACGUCCUCUGAAUGAAUCGUAUACCCAGAGUCCCACCGUGCAUGGCGGCAUAGUCUACGACAGGUGGAUCUGGCCAGAAGCUCCGCAGAUCGCAGCGAUUGAUUGUGCGCCGAUUAUUGAACAGGCAGAAGCUUCAAUCAUUGUCGAUUUCGAGACGGGAUUGGUUUACGACUAUGAAAUCUUGGGAGCUCCCCAGAAUGCCACCAAGGCCUGGACUGACUUUUACUUCUAUCACGGUGCAGAUACCAGCCAAGCAGCACAUUGGCAAGAAAAUAUCACCACUAGUUAUGGUUACAUAUUCUGGGAUUCUCUUCUGACAGCUUCGAAUGCAGGAGCUCUUGUCAACAACAAAUUGCUCUAUUCAGCGCCAGAAGACCUUUCCGAUGGCAUCUUCAACUUCCGCGGACCAGGUCUGAACACCGAUUUCAUGUCAUAUUCCAUGCUCGCCAUGGCCAAUAACAGCAAGGAGGCACUUUUGGACCCAAAAACUCUGAUGGAUUUCGCCAACAAGACAUUCGGUAUCUUCUUCAAACACUUUGCUUCGGAAGAAGUCAACAGUACCGCAGGUGGCCGCGUAUACCAACCAAUAGGAGAAAAAUUACCUUCAGACCUGGGCCCCGUCACCUACGGAAGCAAAAUCACAGCCAACCAAGGAGCACUAGCAUUACAAAACACAAUCACCCCCACGCCAAAGGACACACAAGCCAACCUCAUCAUACCAAUCGAACAACUCAUCAUGUCACCCAUCGCCUUCUUCUUGUCAAUCUCCCUCUUGUCAUUCCUCAUCCUCACCACGAUAAUCAUGUACUCUGUUAAUCGCACUCGUUACAAAACACUACCUCGAGACGUCGACACACUAGCCAGUAUGAUCGCUUUCAUCCACGGCAGCGAAAAACUCCUCGCUUGGUCGAGAGAUUCUCAGCAUUCGGGUGCUUGGUACAGAUCUUGGACGUCGAAAUCUCAGCCCGCACAGGACAGAGAGAUGAAAGCUCAAAUGGGCAACUUUUAUGAUCUUGAGGGGAGAGAGAGGUGGGGUAUUGAGCUUGUUGGUACGAUGAAUCCGCGCCCUUGUCAGGCAGCGCGAAACGAUAGCUCGGAGGUGGAUAUGCAAGAGGUUGGAGAUAACUCGAAAUCAGAGAUGCAAGAUGCUGACGACACGAAUGCUGAUGGUGGGGACAGUUCUGGAGUACGCUCUGCUUUGCUUGGGAGGUUUGAUUGGGAGGUGCGGAGGAAGGGAGCCAUACGGAGGAAGCCAGUGUCGGAGUAGAAGGUUGAUGCUUUAUACAGAUGCUGAGAUUGUGUCUCCUUCCUGACGAUGUCAAGAGCCAUGAACAUUUGGAGAGUCAAAAGUUUAGUGUUCCAUUGGACCCCUCUUUUCUUUUCUGCACACUAAAUGAGGCUC